GGCGACAACAGCACUCCAUCCAUCAUCCAAGAGAAGGGACCUACUGAAAAUCAAUGUUGCAGUUAGACUGCUGAUUUUCCUACCCAGCCCUCACCUCAACAUAGCCAUUCUCCCUCAGCCACUAGAAUCAAGUGCGCCAUGUUUCCGACAGCUCGCCUACUCCAUCCCUGCCGCAUCACACUCUUCACCCGGGACGGCUGCGGUCUCUGCGUAAGAGCCAAGUCGGCCCUCUCAAACGUUUGGGACCGCCGGCCCUUUGACUUCCACGAGGUCAAGAUUACGACUCCCGAGGCAAAACCUUGGAAGGACUUGUACGACUUUGACGUGCCCGUGAUUCACUUUGCCAAGUCGGGUGCCCCAGACGAGGACCCCAAAUUGGUCACAAAGGCCCUCAAGCUCAUGCACCGCUUCGAUCCAGCGGAUGUCGAGGCCAAGAUGGACGAGAUCGAGCAGACCAAGGCAUAACAACAGCACUGUCCGUGUCGCUCGUGUAACACUAUGUAAUACCAAAGUCUGAAGACUUGUGAGGGAGACGUGCAUGAAGAAUUGGGUGGAGUCUCGCAACCAAGUUUAUUCGGCCGUCACGUCCACCAGACCAUAUACCGCGCCUGCAUAUAUGUAAUCCCUGGCAGAAAAUACACCUGGAUAGACCAUCAAGUGUUCUGCACCAAAUGCCACAUCCAAGGAAGUUGGAUUGCUCCCUGUUCAUCUGACGAACUCGAUUUUGUGUCUUUCUUUCUUUCUUUCUUUCUCCCUUCCUUUCUCCCCUUCUCUCUCUCUCCCUCUGUCUUCGGCAUCGAUGCUCGUGUAGGCUGCUGGCAGUCGUCUUCACUGCUGGAAACAGCGAUCACGUACUCACAAGUAAAGCACAACACUUGUUGCUCGGCAGAGCCCGGAUUGCCCAAUCGGUGAUUCUCGGUCGCUCCGCCUGGCUGCCGCAAUCGAGUCCCUGAUCACGGUGUUGAGAAGCGGCAGCCAUUUUCGUCUGUAUAUCGCCGUCCCUCACCACAGAGGACGGCCGACUUCUGGGUUCACGCUCGCUUUUGCCC